GCGAGCGCGGCGGAAGUGACGUAGCGCUCGGCGGAAGUGGCGUAGCGCGCGGCUGCCGGGAUGGCGGCGCCGAAGGUGAAGCAGGACAUGCCGCCGCCGGGCGGCUACGGCCCCAUCGACUACAAGCGGCACCUCCCGCGCCGCGGCUUCUCAGGUUACAGCCUCUUCGCGCUCGGUGUCGGCAGCCUCCUGCUGGGCUACUACACCAUCAUCAAGUGGAACCGGGAGCGCAGGUGCACCGCGGGCCCGUCCCGCUUCCUUCGGGCCUUUCCCGGUCCUCCCCUCGCUCUCACCUCGCGCCCCCUUCCCCUACCCGGGACCAUCACCCCC